GAACACCUCUACCAUUUCUCCUCUCCUUCUUCAACGACCUCUAUCUGAUUGAUAGCACUCUGCCGUCAAUCUCUUCACAAAAAUCCCUUGUAUCGCCUGAGACUGUGGUAGCUUCUUGCUAGCAUUCCACCCACCGUCCUAAGCCGACCAACUACACCACGACCAAUCAUUAUCAAAAUCACAGCCAUUUAAGACCCGUGAUGGCGACCAAUUCACCUAGCCCAGACCCCCUUCUCGCCCUACGUCAAUCUCUUCUCUCCAACAAUCCUCCAAAACCGACCACAUCCUCCUCCCCGACCGAGCAGCCCACAGAAAGCGACCUCGACCUGGCCAGGGCCACCCACCUGUACUUCGCCCACCCAACGAGCCCACAGACCAUCCCUCUCAACGCUCCGACGCGCUUCGUGUCCAGCACGACAGGCGAGCCUGUUGAUCUGCGCAGUAUCUUUUUCGCGUGGCUCAAGAAAGAUGUCGCGAUCCCGGAGUACAUCGCCGAAGCAGAGGGACUAAACCAAGCCCUCAAGGAGAAGAGGAAGGAUGAUUCAGAAGCGGAGGAAAAAGUACAAAACCUGGUAUUCGUCGAGCGCUUGGACCUGUUAACAUGGUUGGAGGGGGCGUCCGAGGAGAGUGAGUACAUCAAGCCCCUGGAAGGGGAAGCUGCCGCGAAGGCGGCCGCAGCCGCAGCCGCUGGGGGUGAGAGCAGUAUCGGUGCGCAGGCUCAGGCAUCAACAAAUAUUGCCUCCGGGGCUACGGGGGGUGUCGCUGCGGUGCCGAGUGGGAGUGGUGUUGGUGGUGGUGGUGCCGCUGGCGCGACGGGUGCCGCAGCUGCAGCUUCCGGGGGUGCUCAGCAGCACGGGAGGGCGGCUAAGGUGAUGGAUCCAAGGCUACAGGAGAUUUACAACGGGGAGAGGAAGAUGGGAGACCGGAAUAGUGUGUUGAGGGGCAUCAAGCCCACGGACUUUUCCCAUGUUCGAAAAACUGCAGAGACCUUUCUCGGCCGGACUCGGUCUUCGCGGACGGGUCAAUACCCCCCUGGGGUCACCAAGCCUGGCAGCAAGCCAACCUCCAUGGUGCCGGUCCCUGCGCCCUCCGCCGGGCUCUCCCAACCUCGAAGCGGCAAGAGCAGUUCCAAGACGCAAGAUCCGAUUAUCUUGCUGUCGCCUUCGGCAUCAUCUCUUAUCCGCAUGUCCAACGUGCGCUCCUUCCUCGGGGAGGGUGUCUUUAUUCCCCCGGACCACCCUACACUCGCCACAGGGACGAACAGUAAUAUUCUCUAUAUUCACCGGCCCCUCCGCAUCCAAGACAGCUCCUCCAGCACCUCUCUUCUCCGUCCUGGAGCCAGCGCAGCCGCCUCCGGCUCUCGCAAGCCCACCCGCUUCAUCUUGGUAGACAGUACCGCCAAUUUCCGGCCUGAUUACUGGAACCGCCUUGUGGCCGUUUUCACGACGGGUCAGACGUGGCAGUUCAAAUCUUACAAGUGGUCUUCCCCGCCGGAGUUGUUCAAACAUGCCACAGGUAUCUACGUGGGUUGGCGCGGGGAGGACAGUCCACGCGAGGUCCGCAACUGGGGUCGCGGGGUACAGAGCUUCUCGGUCGAGAGAUGGGACGAGAAGGGCGGCGUGAAUGGUACUGGGCGGUGGAGAGACCGCGAGGUCGUCGAGGGCAUUUGGUCAGCAAUUGAGGAAGGCAUGCGUUUGAGAGGCUGGGGUGGAAAAUAAAGCUGAAAAGCAUCUUUUGGUUCCUGGAGUCUCCUACUCCUUGUCUUUCAUGCCGAUCUCGGGAAGCUGCUCAUUUUUGGGAUGUCUGCACGUGAGCAGCUGGACAGACGGAU